AUGGCCAAAAGGCUUUGGCCCAUUUUGAACAUAACCUUACGCCGAUCAUGCCACCUGCACCACUCAGCAACAGCACACUCCUCACGAAGUGUGCCACGGAAACGAUCGAUAACGCGCGGAAUUGCAUACGGACUGACCGGGUGCAUAGCCGGUGCCACCACGUACGAUGGUUUGGCGAACGGGUUCGAAAACGUGCACGGUGCCCAACGGUUCGCACGCUCGUUUGCCAUCGGUCUCAGCAUAACGCUCGAUUAUGCCUGGAGCUUGUACGGUUUGCAGGAAGGUGACGGCCGAUACGAAACAGUACUGCCCGAGAUUCACCUACGUUCGGCGAAAAAAUUGCUCGACGGAUGCCUCGCCAACGGUGGGCUGUACAUUAAAAUCGGUCAAGGUGUGGCGGCUAUUAAUCACAUCAUACCGAAGGAGUACGUCGAUACGCUGCGCCAGCUCGAGGAUCGCUGCCUAGCCCGGCAGCCGGGCGAAGUGCGGUCACUGUUCAUAGAAGAUUUUGGCUGCCCGCCGGAAGAGCUGUUUGCCAGCUUCCAGUAUGAACCAAUAGCGGCCGCCAGCUUGGCGCAAGUGUUCCGUGCCGUGACGAAAUCGGGCGAACAGGUUGCGGUCAAGGUUCAGUACGCCGAUCUGCGUAAGCGGUUCGAGGGCGAUCUGCGCACGAUCAGCUUCCUACAGAAGCUGGUUGCGUUGGUGCACAAAAAUUACAACUUCGGAUGGAUCGUUGACGAUCUGCAGGGAACGCUCCGGGAGGAGCUGGAUUUUGUGCACGAGGGCAAAAACGCCGAACGAUGCGCGAACGAUUUGGCCCGGUUUGCGUUCGUCUACGUGCCGAAGGUCCUGUGGCAGUUGACGAACGAACGCAUCCUAACGACGGAAUUUAUCGACGGGUGCAAGAUAAGUGAUCUUGAUUCGAUUGCAGCAAUGCAGCUCGAUCUGUCUCUGGUCGAUAGGAAUCUGUUUACUGCGUUCGGACAGCAAAUCUUUUCGACCGGUUUCGUUCAUGCCGACCCACACCCGGGGAACGUUUUCGUGCGACAGGAUCCAUCGAAUGCGAAGCGUGUGCAGCUGGUGCUACUUGAUCAUGGACUGUACGAGCAGCUCGAUCCGACGGUACGGGAAAAUCUGUGCCGCUUUUGGGAAGCGAUCGUACUGCGGGACCACGCGGCAAUGCAGCACUACUCGAACGCGCUGCACGUGGCCGACUAUCGUACGUUUGCGGAAAUACUGUUACAGCGGCCGCUCGAGCUGAAGAGUGGCAAGUUCGCUACACGGCUCACCGAACAAGAUCUGGCGUACAUGGCAAAGCAGGCGAAGGAGCACUUUGAUCGCAUCAUGGGCACACUAAAGUCUAUGCCAAGGAAUUUAAUUCUCGUUUUACGCAAUCUAAAUACGAUACGCUCGAUCGCACGGGACCACGGUGAUCCCAUCGAUCGACCCACCGUACUGGCACGCUGUGCGUUGUCUGCCCUCUGUCCAUCUCGACGCAAUGUACGCAACUUUCUGUGGGUCACUUUUCGCAAGUUACGCUUGGAGUUUCUGCUGUGGCGACAAUCAUUCCAUUAUUGGAUCGUAUCGAGCUAUCUCCGGCUGCUGACGAGAGUUGGACGUUCGCCGGACACUUCACAUCUGAUGAAUAUUAAUAUUGACGUAUAA